AUGGAGAAAUACCAGAAAAUCGAAAAGAUUGGAGAAGGGACCUAUGGUGUCGUCUACAAAGCUCGUGAGCUUUCUCAUCCGAACCGGAUCGUCGCUUUGAAGAAGGUCCGACUGGAGACAGACGAUGAAGGCGUUCCCAGCACAACUAUCCGUGAAAUAUCGCUCCUGAAAGAGUUGAACCACCCUAACAUCGUGAGAUUGUUUAACAUCCACUCAGAGGGCUAUAAACUCUACCUGGUCUUUGAACAUCUAGACCUCGAUCUCAAGAAAUACAUGGACGCUCUUCCUGUCAACGAUGGCGGACGUGGUAGAUCUCUCCCAAAUGGCCUAAGCAUGGACAUGGGGCUCGGAGAAGCCAUGAUCAAAAAGUUCAUGUCUCAGCUAGUCGAAGGCAUUUAUUUCUGUCACAGUCGUCGGAUUCUGCACCGUGAUCUCAAGCCUCAAAAUCUGCUGAUCAAUCGUGACGGCAGUCUCAAGUUGGCCGAUUUUGGAUUGGCAAGAGCUUUUGGCGUUCCUUUGAGAACGUAUACGCACGAGGUCGUCACACUAUGGUACCGUUCGCCAGAGAUCCUUCUAGGUGGCCCCCAAUAUUCAACAGCAGUAGAUAUGUGGUCAUGUGGUGCUAUCUUCGCGGAAAUGUGCACCCGCAAGCCCUUGUUUCCUGGGGAUUCGGAGAUCGAUCAGAUCUUCAAGAUUUUCCGCCUCCUUGGUACCCCUGAUGAGGAUUCUUGGCCGGGCGUUACUUCGUUCCCGGACUAUAAGUCAUCAUUCCCUAAGUGGAAGCGCGACAAAACUAGUCCGCUUAUUCCUGGGUUGGAACGGCAUGGAUUACGUCUUUUGGAUGCCCUUCUUGAAUUUGAUCCGGCGCAAAGGAUGUCUGCAAAGCAGGCACGCGAACACCCAUACUUCCGGCAUGGGCGGUCAUAA